AUGAGAAAUUCUGCAUUCCCUUUAUAUUCUUCUGGUAUUCAGCAGGCAAAGGAAAUUUGGGGGAAAAUCAUAUUGCAAGGCCAAAAAGUGUACUGGAACCGUUUAGUAUGGUACCCUAUGCACCUCCCAAAGCAUAGUUUGAUUACUUGGAUGGCCAUCUUAAACAUGUUACCAACUUGUGAUCGCUUACAACACAUGGGAUUUGUUACUGCUGGUCUGUGCGUCAACUGCAGGGCUUUCAACAAAAACAGGGAUCACUUGUUCUCUCAAUGCCCCUUGGCUAUUGAACUCUGGAAAUCUGUUAUUCUUUUGAAUGUUAAAGAGGCGAAGGUGAUUUUUCUCGUGAUUGUGGAGCUCUUAAAUACACUUCCUGUUUCCGUUCAGAUCGUUUUCAGUUGUUCUCAAUCAUUUUCUCUUUCAGGAAUAUCUCUGGCUUUGUGUUUGUCCGGUGACCGUGAUCUUUUGUCAAACGGGUAG